AAGGGAGAGCGGAAUGUGACCCGGAAGGGGCGGGAAAGGAGUGAAUGAUUCUGCACUUCGUGGCCACCUGCCGUUAGCGGGUUGCUUUACCUGCUUACGUCUGCAUUACCUCGUUCGUCCGAGGGCUGCUGUGGCUGGGCCCAAGGAAACGCGGCGAGCCCGACUGCGCGGGUGCCGUUUGCCUCCAGCUGAAGAGCUGAGGACGACUUUAAGAAGAUCGAGGCGUACUUGAUUUCACUGAAAUACUUUUAAGUCUUUAAAAAUCAGGAAUUUUCUUAGAGAUAUAAAGAAGAUCGCAACCCAUUGCUUUCUCAUCUAAAACAGUAACAAGCCGCCCCUUCCCCGCCCCACUCGGGUCUCCUCUUCAUCCCAACCCUCAGCCCUCGGAUUUGACAGCCAAACAAAGAACUUUCGAGAUACCAAAUAAUGUCAUCUGAAACAUUGCCAGUAUUUAUUGAUACUUCUAAUGGUGAAAGAAAGCAAGAUGUAAGUGAAGAUCCAGAGGAAAGCGAGAAGCCAAGAUUAGGUGAAGGGUCUGAGGCAGUCUCUAAACGACAAAUGAAGAAGCUUAUGAGACAGAAACAAUGGGAAGAACAACGAGAACUCCGCAAACAAAAACGGAAGGAAAAGCGCAAGAGAAAGAAAUUAGAGCGACAGUGUCAACUGGAGCCAAACUCUGAUGGAAAUGACAGAAAACGUAUUCGAAGACAUGUUGUUCCCAGCACACUCCGCCUAAUCAUCGACUGUAGUUUUGAUGACUUGAUGGUAUUAAAGGACAUUAAAAAACUUCAUAAGCAGAUUCAACGCUGUUACGCAGAAAACAGACGAGCACUGCACCCUGUGCAGUUUUACUUGACAAGCCAUGGAGGCCAGCUGAAAAAAAAUAUGGAUGAAAAUGACAAAGGAUGGAUCAACUGGAAGGACAUCUAUAUCAAACCAGAACACUACAGUGAACUCAUGAAAAAAGAAGACCUGAUUUAUCUGACAUCAGAUUCACCUAAUGUACUGAAGGAAUUAGAUGAAUCAAAGGCUUAUGUAAUUGGAGGAUUAGUAGAUCACAACCAUCAUAAGGGACUCACACAUAAGCAAGCGUCAGAUCAUGGAAUUGAUCAUGCACAGCUCCCCCUUGGAAACUUCGUGAAGAUGAACAGUCGCAAAGUUUUGGCAGUUAAUCAUGUGUUUGAGAUUAUUCUGGGAUACCUGGAAACAAGAGACUGGCAAGAAGCAUUUUUUACUAUUUUACCCCAACGAAAAGGAGCUGUUCCCACAGACAAAGCCUGUGAAAAUCCUUCCCAUGACAAGCAGUCCGCCAGGCUUGAAGGUGGAUCAGAAAGUGAUUCUAGUGAGGAGGAAUGUAGCAGAAUUGAGCUGGAUUUACCACCUGAGGAAGAAAAGCAGGAUAAGGAAAAUGGCACGGAACCUACAGUGGACACUGCACUGCACUAACGUUACCCGGUCUUCUAGCUUAAGGGAAAAUUAGGAGAAAAUGGGGUACUGCACAGAAUAUUCAAAUUGGAAGAAUUCUUUUUUUAUUUUUGCAAAUUUAAAAACUUUUUUCAGAGCUAAAUGAUAAUAAAAAGCCUUUUAAAUGCUGUAA